AUGAACGAUGACCUCAGCGACGAGACGGCAGCCCUAAACGCGAUCUACAGCUUCUCAUGUCUUAUUUGCGGCUCGUCGGCGGGGGAGUACAUCCUGCAGCCGCCAGCAUCCGUCGUUUCUCCAGCGCUGCGCCUGCGCCUGCACAUCCCGCUGGACUACCCGGCCUCCCCGCCGACGAUAAUAGCGAAUGGCUCCACGGGCGCCGCUCUGGCUCAAGAGGUCCUCGACAACGUGUUCAGGCAAGGAGAGGUGUGUCUGUACGAUCUGGUGGAGGGGCUGCGCGAGGUACUAGGCGGUGAGGAGGAGGAGGCGGAAGAGGCGGGGAGGGAGGAGGAAGUCCACGCGCGCACACGCGCACCCGAGCCUGAGCCCGAAACGCCGACACCGCCGCCGCGCUCCCCCUCCCCACCCACCCUCGCAGAGCCCACACUAAGCGCAGUACCAGACCGCGCUGCCGACCCAUGGACGGUGGGGCCGCCUAUCACCGAGAAGAAGUCCGUCUUCAUCGCGCGGAGCAUCCACGUUAGCUCCGCGGCCGAAGCACACGGGCUCGUGUCGGCGCUGAUCUCCGGCGACAAGAAGAUCCAGAAGGCGACGCACAACAUCAGCGCGUUCCGGAUCGUGCGCGAGAAUGGGGUCGUGGUCCAGGAUAAUGACGAUGAUGGAGAGACUGCAGCCGGGAGCAGGCUCGCCCAUCUGCUCCAGGUCAUGGAUGUCAAGGAUGUGUGUGUUGUUGUUAGUAGGUGGUAUGGCGGCGUUAAGUUGGGCCCCGAUAGGUUUAGGCUUAUCAAUACUGCCGCGAGGGAGGCGUUGGUGCUUGGGGGUUUCGUGGAGGAGAAGGAGGGGAAGAAGGGGAAGUUGGAGGAGAAGGAGGGGAAGAAGAAGGGGAAGGGGAAGAAAUAG